GCACGGCGGGCCAGGGGCCGGGGCCGGGGCCGCCCGGUUCGUGCCCCGAGAGCCGGGACAGACGCUGCUGGAACUUGCUGGGCCUCGGCUAAGCAGCGGCUCCGGCCGCGGUUACUUCAACAGCUGCUGCGGCACCGCUCCGCCGGCCGUUGGCGGUGCUUCGAGGAGCCGGCUGCGGGGUCUGGGAGCCGGCUGCGGGGUCUGGGAGCGGGCGGUGGAGUUUUCCUACGGCCAUCUACGCCCGCCGCUGGCCUCGUUGGAUUUGAAGAUGCCUAAAAAGAAACUGAACAAAUUAACUGGAAAGGAGGACAGUUUGGAUGGCCAGGAUGAGAAAAACUCUGAAGACACAAAAUCUUAUAAUCGUACUAUGAAAGGAGAGACAGAAUUUCACAGAUGGAAAACAGAGAAAGAUGGGCAAGGGAAGAAACAAUACCAAAGUUCUAAGACUGAUGCUGAUGGAAGAUCCCAAGGAAAAUCUCCAAAUGGAAGCAGAACUACAGACAGUUCUUUAAUCCAAUCUGAAAAGCGAAAUAAAAUAGUUAUACAAUUUAAAUCCAAAGAAAUUAAAUGCGGAAAAAGUGCAAGCACUACUGAUGUAGUGACUACUAGCAGGGAAAAUCACAGCAAAGGUCCUUUUGAUGGAACAGAAGGAAAAAGACUCUGGCAUAGCUUUGCCGUUCAGAGGGACAAGGUGGUUAAGAAAAGGAAAGAGGAAGUUGAACUCUGCAAACUAAAGGCAAAAGCUGAACAAACUAUGUUGGAAAAAUUUAAGUCAUCUGUGUAUGAUUUGAAUGUUCCCCAUAAAAAGGCAGACAAAGCCAAAAAAUGGAGUGAAGAUGUCAGAAUUCCAAAAAAGUCAUCUAGCACAUCCACAGAGACUGUGCAUGAUGAUAGGCCUUUCACUAAGAAGUCAAAUAAAUUAUCUAGGACUUGUGAAGAAGAGUAUGAAGAAGGAUAUGAGGAGUUUCCUAAGAAAAAUCUGCAAGCUAAUAAACCAUCAACUGAAACACCUCAACGAUGGGACUGUUGUAAAUGGAAAAAACAGGAUGCUGAUUCUCAUCAAGCUACUGGUAAUUCAGGGACUGAGGAAACAGACUUUGAAGCUCCAGCAGUAUGUUUUAAGCAGAAUUUUGAGGUCCCAUGCACAUCAGACUCCUACCAAGUCAGAGAGAAUAUAAAAUCUAUCCAAAAGAGCUUUGAAGUCUUUCCACCCCCUCAAGGCAAUGAGAACCUAGAAGGAGACCAAGAGAUGCAGAUAGUUGAAGAUUUGCAUGUUGCUCGUAUUGAAAAGAAGAUGUCACUGUCUGUAGCACAGACCUGUGGAGAACUUACAAGUAUGGAAAUAGAUCUUCCAGAACAGGAUUUAAAUAUUUCUGCUGGGGCUUCUACUUCUGGUCUGAACAUAUUAGUGGUGAUUGACACAAAUAUAAUGAUCAGUCACCUUGAGUUUGUCAAGUCCCUGAAAUCUGAGGAUAUACCAGGUGUCGGCAGACUUGCACUGAUAAUUCCCUGGGUUGUUCUACAAGAGUUGGACAAUUUGAAGAAGGGGAAAAUGUUGCAGCAUGUUCGGGACAAAGCUAUCCCUGCAGUCCACUUUAUCUACAUGUGUCUCAAAAAACAAGAUUCAAAACUGUGGGGGCAAUCCAUGCAGCUUGCUUCUCAAAAAACAUAUGGCCUGAGUGACGAGAAUAAUGAUGACCGUGUUUUACAAUGUUGUCUGCAAUAUCAGAGCCUCUUUCCUCAAGCUGUUGUCAUACUGUGCACGGAUGAUAAAAAUUUAUGCAAUAAAGCCAUUGUGAGUGAGGUCAAGGCAUUUUGCAAAGCAGAUUUGGCUGCUGCUCUACAGAAUCUGAAUGUGAACAGGCAUCAGAACUGUGUUGAGCUGCAACAGUCAAAAUAUGAUAGAGAAUUCCAGAAAACAGAAAGAAGCGAAGCUCAUCUUUCUGGUCAAUUCCCAAAUAUACUUCCAGAUCUUGAAAAAAACUUAGGAGAAGCUUUAUCAUGUAUUUUGGAGACUGAAAUGAAAAUUGCAUUUGGAAACCUAUGGAUGGAGAUACUGUACCUGAAGCCACCAUGGACAUUAGCAAACUUGCUGCAGUGUUUUAAAAAGCACUGGGUGGCUGUUUUUGGUUAUGUUGUGCCAAGGAGCUUACUUGCAACUGUUGAAUGUCUCUAUAAACACCUUUGUACAGGUAAAACAGUGAACUUCUCAACAGCUGGUAUCUUGCUCCAGGAAUCCAAGAAGUUAUUGCAUGCUUUCAGUUUAAGGUCUGACUAUAAUGGUGUACUUCCCCAGGCUUAUGCUGAAGUGAGUAAGCUGUACCAAACAUUUACAGAGGUGAGGUCAGACAGUGAGCAGGAUUUAUCAGAAGACAUCAUGGUUCUUUCAGAAAGUGUUCCAUGUGAAAGAAUGGAAGCAACAACACCAAAUCUGCAGAACUGUGAAGAAAAAAAGUUACCUGCAAGCAUUCACGUGUCUCAAGAAAACAGGCACCAGGAAAUCUGGUCAGUCCUUGAAGGUGUAUGGAAUACAAUGAACUUGUACAGUCUUGAAAUUUUCCAAAAGUUGGACCCCAACACAGUAACUGCGAAGUCUUCAUUUGAAGAAGCUUUUUUAGGUCUGCAGAAACUGUUGGCAGCUGUGAAUGACAUCCUCGAAGGAAUUCGUAGAAUUUUGACCCCAACCAGUAGUUUCCAAGACAUUUGGACACUCUACAACUUCCUCAUAAGCAAUGAGAUAUAUAACAGUAUAAAAUUUACUGCUGAGGAGCUUUACGAGUGUGUUUCACAAGAGUUAUAUCGAGAAAGACUGGAAGUUGGAUGUUGCCAACUGGCCCAGCUGGAGCAUACUAUUAAGCAGUGCAACGCAUCUGCUCACAUGGAAGCAAAGAACAGGGGCUGGCUGUGACACUUGAGUCAAGGUGUGGAGCUGCAGUGCUUACCCCCCUUCGUUUGCCUUGCCCACAUGAAGUCCUGCUCCUCAGGGACAGGGUGGGAGGGAAGGGAAUACUCACGGAGCCAAAAAAAUCUGCCUUCUUUCUCAGUGGUGCCAUUUUAUAUUUGAGUUGAAGGGAAAACAAAACAAGUUAUACAUGUAUAACAUUAAAUGUCAGAAUUUCUGCCAAGAAUUGCGAGCUAGUAGAAUUUUCUGUCUCAAGUGAGGGUCUCUGGAUCGAUCCAAAAAAAUCUGGGACACACCAAGAUGUGCUGGACUGGUGUUCUAAAUGCUAGAAUUUUGUGUUGGAAGUCAGAGCUGUUACUAAUAGUUACAUGGUUAUACAGAAAAAUAAGGGUAAGGUUUUUAUUUUUCCUGGCACUCUGGAAGUGAACAGUGUGGGGAAAAGAGGGUUUUAUGAUAUCUAGGCUCUGAACAGACUGGAAGGAAAGCAGCUGACUACAAAGCCAGAUGCCCAUGAUGCUUGCACUCCUACAGAUAUGAAGGACUAAAACACAGAUGCAAUGUAUGUGUCCUAUGUACUGCACUACGUAAGGCUGAAGGGAGGAUAUAGAAUGAGGAAAGAAAUGGAUUAAUGAUUGUUUUAUUUAAAAACAAACCAACAGACAAAACACACAUGCACACCACAACUCAUGUGUUUGUCCUGAACCUCUUUUUAAGUACUUUUGUCAGAAUAUUCAGUAUGACCUUUUCCAAUGAAAACUCUGGGCUGUUCACAGCAGUGAAACUAGGAUCAUUUGUAAUUAAGCAUGUGAAAUAUGCUU